CCCCUCCGACCGCUGACGUGUCUCUGAAGUGAGCCCUGAGAAAGAGGAGCCGCCGCCUCUCCCUUCCCUUUCCCAGAGCCGCCGCCGCCGCCGGACCCGGACCAAUUCUCCCCGUAGAGCCGCUGUCGUCGUGGUCACCACCUCCGCCGCCAUCAUGGGCAUAAAAUUUCUUGAGGUCAUCAAACCAUUUUGUGCGGUAUUACCAGAGAUUCAGAAACCUGAAAGAAAGAUUCAAUUCAGAGAAAAAGUAUUAUGGACGGCAAUAACGCUUUUCAUCUUCUUAGUCUGUUGCCAGAUUCCGUUGUUUGGUAUCAUGUCAUCCGACUCUGCAGAUCCAUUCUACUGGAUGAGAGUUAUUUUGGCGUCAAACAGGGGUACACUGAUGGAACUCGGUAUCUCUCCCAUUGUCACAUCUGGUCUCAUCAUGCAGCUUCUGGCAGGUGCAAAGAUCAUUGAAGUCGGUGACACUCCCAAAGAUCGAGCGCUCUUCAACGGAGCUCAGAAAUUAUUUGGUAUGAUCAUCACCAUUGGACAAGCCAUUGUGUAUGUCAUGACUGGCAUGUACGGAGAUCCAUCAGAAAUGGGAGCUGGUAUUUGCCUCCUCAUCAUCAUUCAGUUGUUUGUUGCUGGCCUGAUUGUGCUGCUUCUGGAUGAGCUGCUGCAGAAAGGGUAUGGUCUGGGCUCUGGUAUCUCUCUCUUCAUCGCCACAAACAUUUGCGAGACAAUCGUAUGGAAGGCGUUCAGCCCUACUACAGUCAACACCGGAAGAGGAACUGAGUUUGAGGGGUCUAUCAUUGCCCUCUUUCAUUUGUUGGCCACACGUCAAGACAAAGUCCGGGCCCUACGUGAAGCUUUCUACCGGCAGAACCUUCCUAAUCUGAUGAAUCUCAUCGCCACCAUCUUUGUCUUUGCUGUGGUUAUAUACUUCCAGGGCUUCAGAGUGGAUUUGCCAAUCAAGUCUGCCCGUUACCGUGGGCAAUACAAUACCUACCCCAUCAAGCUGUUCUACACAUCAAAUAUUCCCAUUAUCCUCCAGUCUGCGCUGGUGUCCAACCUGUACGUCAUCUCUCAGAUGUUGUCCACAAGAUUCAGUGGGAACUUCUUCGUGAAUCUCCUUGGCACCUGGUCUGACAAUACGGGUGGUGGGCCAGCCCGAGCCUAUCCUGUCGGAGGCCUGUGCUAUUACCUCUCUCCUCCGGAGUCAUUCGGUUCAGUGUUAGAUGACCCCGUUCACGCUGCCAUUUAUAUUGUCUUCAUGUUGGGCUCCUGUGCUUUCUUCUCCAAGACCUGGAUUGAAGUGUCUGGUUCUUCAGCCAAGGAUGUUGCCAAGCAGCUGAAGGAGCAACAGAUGGUCAUGCGGGGGCACAGAGAGACCUCAAUGGUCCAUGAGCUAAACAGAUAUAUUCCAACAGCAGCUGCCUUUGGAGGAUUGUGCAUUGGUGCGCUGUCUGUCCUGGCAGACUUCCUGGGAGCUAUAGGUUCAGGGACGGGUAUUUUAUUGGCCGUCACCAUCAUCUACCAGUAUUUUGAGAUCUUUGUGAAAGAACAAAGUGAAGUUGGAAGCAUGGGAGCCCUACUUUUCUAACACAGGAUAGGUUCUGUUCCUAUUUUUCUUGGACUCCAGAGAAACAUUUCUGAAUUAUCAUAGCAGGGAAGGAUUCCUCUUAACCCUUUCUCACCCACAGGUUUCCUUUGUUUACUUUAGGAAUUUACAGCUGCUUUGAGUGGCAAAGGGUUAAUUCUGCUUUUCAUCAAAUCUGGCACUAAGUGCCAAAAAAGGCUUAUUUUGGAUUUUGUUUUUAAUUCUGAUUAAAGCACAAGCUUUCUGCAGAUUGUUUAGCCUACUUGUGAUGCGUGUGAGUUUCCUCGCUUUGCUUCUGUGAUUGAAACAUUGAAAAUGGCCCCCUGAGGAAAAUGUAAUUUUUUUAAUUUAAAAACAAAAUGCUCCUGGGACCUGCUUGUGUAAAUGAAUAGUGAUACUACAGUAUAAUGGCGCUGUCCACAUGAUGCUCACCCAUCCCAUGAAGGUUUUACGUUCUGCUAGUUUCUCUGUCUCCACGUUGUGUCAUAUGGUUACUAGAGGCUGAUAUGCACUUCUCUAAUAUUGUGACAUCGAUUAAUCACCGGGUAUGGGGUUCAAUAGCAAUUGCGCCUGCAAAUUUACUGUAUUUCAUUGCUUAGAUAAAGUGUAUUGACCUCCUAUACCACUGGAGGCUACAAUUGUGUGCACAAUUGUAUAUAACGGACUUUAUGUGUACUGGACAGCAAAGAGCUUGCAUUGUUUUGUAAAAACGAAUCUCAGCGAUGUAGACCGUAAAACUGCAACUCCACAGUGCUGCAGGGCGAAAGCAAUUUAUUUUUUAGUUUGGGCAACUGGCGACCUUUAAAUUGGUUAGAAGGCCUGUCCAAUUGUCUCGGUACACUGAGAUUUCCAAGUGUACGUUUUCUUAACAAAUAAUCUUUUUCUUAACAAAAUAAUCUUUUUACCAGUUUAAAAGUUAAUGAAAUCGCACUGUGUUCUAAAGUGAGGAGACCUACGAAGGUAAAUUUGCUUGUGCCUGUUUCUGACACCACCCCACUCCCUUCCUCCGUCCCAAAUUGUAAGAUAAAGACAGGUUUGUACAUAAAUGCAGACAACCACUGAUAAACUGGGUGCUCCCUCGCUCUAUGAUGAUGAGUUUUUAAAUGGAUUUUUCUUUCUCACUGAAUGAUGUAAAAGAAUUGUUUUCUUUCUCAAAACUAGUCCAUGGAACCAUUUGGUGUAUGACUCUAUGCAUUCCUGCGUGUUGGCAGUGACUAAACCUCAUGUUAAGCGGCAUCGUCCUGCAGGACCUGUUGACCAAAAGACGGACUUUAUAAAUAAAUAGCGUUUGAAGACGUGAA